AAAAUAGCAAGAAAAUCAAAUGGGUGGGAAUGGACCAAAAGUGUCAACACAGAUAUCUCUCCUAAAUGUGUGAUCAAGGAAUUACCACCACAAGGGAAAAGUAAUAGAGGAGAAGUAUUUCACCUGGUGAUGUUGGAAGGACAUGAAAGCCAUGACUUCAAAAAUUUUUGCUUCAGGGAAAUCCAGAAAAAUAUACAUGACUUUGAGUGUCAGUGGAGAGAUGAUGAAAGAAAUUACAACAGAGUCCCUAUGACCCAAAAAGAAAAUCUUGCUGUUAGAAGAAACCAACAUGAUAGAAGGGAUGCAAGAAACAAGCCUGUUAAAAAUCAGCUUGGAUUAGUCUUUCAGUCACAUCUACCUAGAAUGCAGCUAUUUCAAUCGGAAGGGAAAAUUUAUAAAGGUAAUCAAGUUGAGAAGUCUAUCACCAAUGGUUUCUCAGUUUCGCCAACCCAAAGAAUUUCUCCUAGUGUCAAAAUCCAUAUUUCUAAAAAAUAUGGGACUGAUGUUUUCUAUUCUUCAUCAUUCACACAAGAACAGAAAGCACAUAUUAGGGAAGAACCUGACAAACAUAAUGAGUAUGGCAAAGCCUUUAAUCAUGAUUCACUCAUCACUUUACGUUACAUAAUGCAUUCCAGAGAGAAACAGUAUAAAUGUGAUAUAUGUGGCAAGGUUUUCAGUUGCAAUUCAUGCCUUGCACUACACCAGAGAAUUCAUACUGGAGAAAAACCUUACAAAUACAAUGAAUGUGACAAGGUCUUUAGUCGCAAUUCAUGCCUUGCUGUACAUCAGAAAAUUCAUACUAGAGAGAAACCUUACAAGUGUAAGGAGUGUGGCAAAGCCUUUAUUGUGAGAUCAACGCUUAAUAACCAUCAGUUAAUCCAUACUGGAGAAAAAUCUUACAAAUGUAAUGAAUGUAGCAAGGUUUUCAGUCAAGCUUCAAGUCUUGCAAUUCAUCAGAGAAUUCAUACUGGAGAGAAACCUUACAAGUGUAAUGAGUGUGGCAAAGUCUUCAGUCAAUCUUCAAGCCUUGCACGUCAUCAGAAAAUUCAUACUGGAGAGAAGCCUUACAAAUGUAAUGAAUGUGGCAAGGUCUUCAGUUACAGUUCACAUCUUGCAAGUCAUCAGACAGUUCAUACUGGAGAAAAACCUUACAAGUGUAAUGAGUGCAAAGUCUUCAGUGUGCAUUCAAACCUAGCCACUCAUCAGGUAAUUCAUACUGGAGAGAAACCUUACAAAUGUAAUGAGUGCAGCAAAGCCUUUAGUGUACAUUCAAGCCUAGCUACUCAUCAGGUAAUCCAUACUGGAGAAAAACCUUACAAAUGUAAUGAGUGUGGCAAAUCCUUUAAUGUGCGCCUAAACCUCACUAGACAUCAGUUAAUUCACACUAGAGAGAAACUUUAUAAAAGUAAUCAAUAUGGCAAGGUCUUCAGUCAGAGUUCAAACCUUGCCAGUUACAACAGAACCCAUACUACAGAGAAAACUUACAGAUGUAAUGAGUGUGGUAAGGUCUUCAGUCAUAAUUCAUUCCUCAUAAAACAUCAGAGAGUUCAUUCUAGAGAUUCUUACAAAUACAAUGAGUAUGAGAAACCCUUCAUCAUGAGCUCAAGCAUUAAUCAACAUCAGAGAUGA